CCUGUUUGUCCUGAAGUUCAAAGUUCGCUCCUGUGUGUGGUGAGUCUCAGUGCAGGUGUUGUGAAGUGCAGGGAGUGUAAAGUUGUGGAGGAGCUCACUGAGGACUGACUGACAGCUGUUCAGGAUGUCAGACUCCAGCUGCUGCAUCAGAUUGCACUCCUGUCCUAAACCACAUGGCUUCCUCGCGUCUGCCAUCACUAAAGGGCUGCUGGGUGUGCUGCUGUUCGGAGUAGUAUGGUCAAUCGUGGGUCCAGAGUGCCUUCCGGGUAGGAACCUCUUUGGGCUGGUGAUCCUGUUUCUCAGCGCUGUGUGUGGAGGAAAACUGAUGGGAAUGAUCAGACUACCUACCUUACCACCAUUCCCACCACUACUGGGUAUGCUGCUGAUGGGUCUGAUUCUGCGCAAUGUUCCGUAUGUGUCUGACGCUGUGUACAUUGACCAGAAGUGGUCUUCAUCCCUGCGCAGUGUCGCUCUCGCCAUCAUCCUCACCAGAGCUGGCCUGGGACUCAACCCAGCAGCUCUGAGGAGGCUGAAGGCGGUGUGUGUGAGAGUGGCUGUGGGACCCUGCACUACUGAAGCCUGCACUGUGGCGGUGGUCUCCCACUUCCUCAUGGGGCUGCCGUGGAUAUGGGGCUUCAUUCUCGGGUUUGUGUUGGCUGCUGUCUCUCCUGCAGUCGUCGUUCCCUCCAUGCUGUUGCUCCAGCAGGCGGGAUUCGGGGUUCAGAAGGGAAUCCCCACGCUCCUGAUGGCCGCGGGAAGCUUCGACGACGUCCUCGCCAUCACCGGCUUCACCACCUGCCUCGGCAUGGCGUUCGGCACCGGUUCCACGUGGCUGAGUCUGGGUAAGGGGGUGCUGGAGGUGGUGGUGGGCAUUUUUGCAGGAGGAGUGCUGGGGGUCCUACUGCACUUCUUCCCCAGUGAUGACCAGGCUGACCUGGUUCUGCGGAGGUCCUGCAUGCUGCUGGGUCUGUCUGUGUUUUCAGUGUUUGCGAGUCACUCCGCUGGUCUGGGGGGAGCAGGGGGUCUCUGUACCCUCGUCCUGUCCUUCAUUGCUGGACUCAGCUGGGACUCGAAGAAGGGUCCUGUAGCUGCAGUAGUCGGGAGGUUUUGGGACGUAUUUCAGCCACUGCUGUUCGGACUGAUUGGAGCUGAAAUCACCAUUUCAACUCUCAACCCCAACACUGUGGGUUUGGGGAUGGCCACUCUGUGUGUUGGAGUCGUUGUCCGUGUGUUGGUGACCUUUGCUGUAGUUCUGUUUGCCGGUUUUAACCUGAAAGAGAAGAUCUUCAUUUCUCUGGCCUGGCUGCCCAAAGCUACCGUACAGGCUGCUAUAGGAUCCACUGCUCUGGACAUGGCGCGCAGUGUAGGGGACGAGCAGCUGGAGCGUUACGGGAUGGAUGUUCUUACUGUGGCUGUUCUGGCCAUUCUGGUCACGGCUCCUAUCGGGGCGAUCGCUAUCGGCCUGGCCGGACCCCGACUCCUGCAGCAGUACACUGAGAUGAAAGAGACACUCCCCGAGGAGAAAGCUGAGAGCGCCUCCACUCCAGAUCCAGGUGUAUCUCCGGCUCUGGAGAGCAAACUUUAGAAGCAGCAGAAAACAGAAAAGAGCGUGAUCUGAUGGUCACCAUCAGCACCACUGCAAUGCUGUAAUACUGAAGGACGACUCCACCAUGUUUCAGCCUGACCUGCCCGGCGGCAGCAUCUCGGUCCCUCCUGUUAUAAACGUGUUUCAGUGUCUCUCUGUUGCUUUAGAUACAGAGUAGUCUAUUAAAGCCACGCUCAGCCCGGACGGGUCAGGCUGGAUUCUCUUCAGCAUUCCUGUAACCCUUAGUGCUGUUCUGUCCUUUAGCUGAAGCUUAAAGCGUGACUGACUCCUUCAGUCGAUCAGACUCGCGGCACGUCUUGCCCUGCUGGUUUAUCCUGAAACUGCCUUUAUUCCAGUAGUUUUAUUAGUGUUGAGUAUUUAUUAUAUUCUAUUUAUUAUAUUGCACCAUUUUUCUAUGAUGUGAGCUAAUUCCCACUCCCCUGUGGUAAACCACUGCGGCCUAUUACACGAUAUCACACUGGACGCUCAUCACUGCGUGGCGUUCACUCUGUGGCUCAAGCAGUCCAGCAGCAGAGCACCGCUCUUCUGUUUAAACUAACGGCUCUUAAAGGGGAAUUCAAAAAUUUCUGCCUAAUCCAGUGUGUGAGGUGUAAUCAGAGGUUCAGAGGGUUUGGUGUGAACCGGUUCAGACGUCUUUACAGUGGUGGUGAUGGGAACCAGGCGUCGC